CCUAGGAUCGCGCCCCCCACGUUCAUGGGUCUCUAGGGACUUCCGAGAUGCCCGGGAAGAGAGGCCGGGGCUGGUGGGGGGCCCGGCUGCCCCUCUGCCUGCUCCUCAGCCUCUACUGCCCCUGGGUGCCUUCCUCCCUGGGCAAGCCCAAGGGCCACCCGCACAUGAACUCCAUCCGUAUCGACGGGGACAUCACCCUGGGGGGCCUGUUCCCCGUGCACGGCCGGGGCGCGGAGGGCAAGGCCUGCGGGGAGCUGAAGAAGGAGAAGGGCAUCCACCGGCUGGAGGCCAUGCUCUUCGCCCUGGACCGGAUCAACAACGACCCGGACCUGCUGCCCAACAUCACGCUGGGCGCCCGCAUCCUGGACACCUGCUCGCGGGACACGCACGCCCUGGAGCAGUCCCUGACCUUCGUGCAGGCGCUCAUCGAGAAGGACGGCACGGAGGUGCGCUGCGGCAGCGGCGGCCCGCCCAUCAUCACCAAGCCCGAGCGCGUGGCGGGCGUCAUCGGGGCGUCCGGGAGCUCGGUCUCCAUCAUGGUGGCCAACAUCCUCCGCCUCUUCAAGAUCCCCCAGAUCAGCUACGCCUCCACAGCCCCUGACCUGAGCGACAACAGCCGUUACGACUUCUUCUCCCGCGUGGUGCCCUCGGACACGUACCAGGCGCAGGCCAUGCUGGACAUCGUCCAUGCCCUCAAGUGGAACUACGUGUCCACGCUGGCCUCGGAGGGCAGCUAUGGCGAGAGUGGGGUGGAGGCCUUCGUCCACAAGUCCCGUGAGCACGGGGGUGUGUGCAUCGCACAGUCGGUGAAGAUCCCUCGGGAGCCCAAGACUGGCGAGUUCGACAAGAUCAUCCGGCGGCUCCUCGAGACCUCGAACGCCAGGGCCGUCAUCAUCUUCGCCAACGAGGACGAUAUCAGGCGUGUGCUGGAGGCGGCACGCAGGGCCAACCAGACGGGCCACUUCUUCUGGAUGGGCUCUGACAGCUGGGGCUCCAAGAUCUCACCUGUGCUGCACCUGGAGGAGGUGGCCGAGGGCGCCGUCACCAUCCUCCCCAAGAGGAUGUCUGUGCGAGACCGGGAGCGCAUUGGGCAGGACUCGGCUUACGAGCAGGAGGGCAAGGUGCAGUUUGUGAUCGACGCCGUGUAUGCCAUGGGCCACGCGCUGCACGCCAUGCACCGCGACCUGUGUCCAGGCCGCGUGGGGCUCUGUCCUCGCAUGGACCCCGUGGACGGCACCCAGCUGCUUAAGUACAUCCGGAAUGUCAACUUCUCAGGCAUCGCCGGGAAUCCCGUGACCUUCAACGAGAAUGGAGACGCACCCGGGCGCUAUGACAUCUACCAGUACCAGCUGCGCAACAGCUCUGCUGAGUACAAGGUCAUCGGCUCUUGGACCGACCACCUGCACCUCCGAAUAGAGCGGAUGCACUGGCCGGGCAGCAGGCAGCAGCUGCCCCGUUCCAUCUGCAGCCUGCCGUGCCAGCCGGGCGAGCGGAAGAAGACGGUGAAGGGCAUGCCCUGCUGCUGGCACUGUGAGCCCUGCACCGGGUACCAGUACCAGGUGGACCGCUACACCUGUAAGACGUGUCCCUACGACAUGCGGCCCACGGAGAACCGCACGGGCUGCCGGCCCAUCCCCAUCGUCAAGCUGGAGUGGGCGUCGCCCUGGGCCGUGCUGCCCCUCUUCCUGGCCGUGGUGGGCAUCGCGGCCACCCUGUUUGUGGUGGUCACCUUCAUGCGCUACAACGACACGCCCAUCGUGAAGGCCUCGGGCCGCGAGCUGAGCUACGUGCUGCUGGCGGGCAUCUUCCUGUGCUACGCCACCACCUUCCUCAUGAUCGCCGAGCCCGACCUGGGCACCUGCGCCCUGCGGCGGGUCUUCCUGGGGCUGGGCAUGAGCAUCAGCUACGCGGCCCUGCUCACCAAGACCAACCGCAUCUACCGCAUCUUCGAGCAGGGCAAGCGGUCGGUGAGCGCCCCGCGCUUCAUCAGCCCCGCCUCGCAGCUGGCCAUCACCUUCAGCCUCAUCUCGCUGCAGCUGCUGGGCAUCUGCGUGUGGCUCGUGGUGGACCCGUCCCACUCCGUGGUGGACUUCCAGGACCAGCGGACACUGGACCCCCGCUUCGCCAGGGGCGUGCUCAAGUGCGACAUCUCGGACCUGUCACUUAUCUGCCUGCUGGGCUACAGCAUGCUGCUCAUGGUCACCUGCACCGUGUACGCCAUCAAGACGCGCGGCGUGCCCGAGACCUUCAACGAGGCCAAGCCCAUCGGCUUCACCAUGUACACCACCUGCAUCGUGUGGCUCGCCUUCAUCCCCAUCUUCUUCGGCACCUCGCAGUCGGCCGACAAGCUGUACAUCCAGACGACCACGCUGACCGUCUCGGUGAGUCUGAGCGCCUCGGUGUCCCUGGGAAUGCUCUACAUGCCCAAGGUCUACAUCAUCCUCUUCCACCCGGAGCAGAACGUGCCCAAGCGCAAGCGCAGCCUCAAAGCCGUCGUCACCGCUGCCACCAUGUCCAACAAGUUCACGCAGAAGGGCAACUUCCGGCCCAAUGGGGAGGCCAAGUCUGAGCUGUGCGAGAACCUGGAGGCCCCAGUGCUGGCCACCAAACAGACUUAUGUCACCUAUGCCAACCAGGCCAUCUAACUCGGCCGCCGGAGCCUCUCGGGACCAGGAGGAGCCACAGCCACGCCCAAGGCCCCAGCUGACGUCCUGCCGGCCCGUGGCACCCACAGAUGUGGCUUGGUGCUGAGGACAGCAGAGCCCUGGCCAUCCCUGCUGGGAAGCCUGGCCAAGCCGGGCGGGCGGUGGAGGCGGCGCGGGCCGGGCAACUCCAGGCACUGCAGGAGCCUUCGUGUCACUGUCGUGGGCCCAGCGCUGGUCCUCUGUCCCUCCCACCUGUCCUGCUGGUCGCCUUGUCGUCCGUCUGCAUCUCUGUCCUCCGUUCUCCCACCUGUUUCCGCUGCAUGUCCAUCUGUUCGGGUCCUCGGUCUCUCUGCUCCCCCCCUGCCCUGUCCCGCCUUCGCCCGACCCCACAUCACGCCUCGCCCACAUUUUCUUUCCAGUCCCCCUACUUCACUUCUUCUCAAUCCACCGGCCAUCAAAUUCUUCCAUGUCACAAAAGAGAA